AUGGCAAGAGUUGAUUCAAGACCAGAUACCAAACUUCUUCCUCCAAAUGUGCGUGCCAUCCAAGGCUCGAUUCCCCAGUCCAUGCUCGGCUGGCUCCGCGAAACCUCAAGCGAGGCCCCCAUUGAAGAGAUUCGUCGUCGCCUGUUUGAGGAUGAGUAUGUCUUUGUCAAGGGUCUCCUACCACGAGAUGACGUUCUGAAGACGCGAGAACACUACUUUUCCCAGUUCAAAUCCCUGGGCCUGCAGAAGCCAGACACAGAUCCAAUGGACGGCAUCUACAACAUGGCCGAAGACAUCUCGUUGCACAAUGGCAUUGGUGGUGGAGGUCCAAUAGGUACCGAGGAACUGCAGCGUCUUGUAAAAGCCCAUGUGCAGCAGUCCUACCUGGAUUUCGUGGCGCACCCCAAGUUGCGUGAAAUGGUCCGCAUUAUCAUGGGUUGGGAAGAAGAAAUCCUCGCCAAGAGAACCAUGCUUCGGCACAAUAUCCCCGGUGGUCAAAGCACUGGCGUUCAUUACGACAAGCUCUUCCUUCGCGGAGGUGAUGCCUUCUUCUUGACCGCUUGGGUGCCCAUCGGGAACGUCACGGCCACAGGAGGAGGUCUUGUUUAUCUGGAAGGCAGCACCAAUCUCGGCAAGGCCAUCGAGGAUGAUUUCAAAGUAUGCGCGAAAGACUUCACUCUCGAGGAAAAGGUCUCGGCAUUCAAUCGCAACAUGUCCGCCGCGGGCGUCCUCUCGAUGGAUCCAAUGGUUUUCCAGCAAGAUCAUGAGCACCUCGCUAAGCAAACGAAAUUCCGUUGGCUUGUUGCUGAUUUCGAGGCUGGCGAUGUGGUCUUCCAUUUGCCAUAG